CCAAUAUCAUAAAAUAAAAAAAAAGAACAAGUCUUCCAAUCAAAGACUUCAAAUUCUCAAAAUUCAAGUAGAACAAACAAUUGAAUCCCGCAAGUAUUUACCGGAAAAUCCAACGCCGGUUAUUGUCGAUCGAAGCUCGGCUUAGUAAGAGUACGUAAUUGCAACGAAGGGUUGAAGGACAAAUUUUUUGCUUCAUUUCGAGGAAAUAGUAGUGAUUUUGGUAUAUAAUUCGCCCACGAUGUUUACGCGGCUUUUUGGAAAGCCCAAGCAAGAGACAAAUGCUCUUGCAACAUUGGAUAAGUUGAACGAGACUCUUGAGAUGCUGGAGAAAAAAGAGAAGGUUCUGCUGAAAAAGGCUGCUGGAGAAAUUGAAAAGGCCAAAGAAUUCACUAAAGCUAAAAAUAAAAGGGCUGCUAUACAAUGUUUGAAAAGGAAAAGGCUUUACGAGCAACAAAUAGAGCAGCUGGGGAAUUUUCAGUUACGCAUUCAUGAUCAGAUGAUAAUGCUAGAGGGAGCAAAAGCUACAACAGAAACUGUCGAUGCCCUGAGAACUGGAGCUGCUGCAAUGAAAGCCAUGCAGAAGGCCGUGAAUAUCGAUGAUGUGGACAAAACAAUGGAUGAGAUCAACGAGCAGACUGAAAAUAUGAAACUAAUUCAAGAAGCAUUGUCGACACCAAUUGGUGCAGCAGCUGAUUUUGAUGAGGAUGAAUUGGAAGCUGAACUCGAAGAACUUGAAGGAGCUGAGCUGGAGGAACAGCUUCUCCAACCUGCAACAACAGCCCCUGCUGCCCCCAUUCGAGUGCCUGCUGGAAGGCAACCAGCAAACAAAGUUGAAGAUGAAGACGACGAACUUGCUGAACUACAAAGGGAAAUGGCCCUUUAACGAGUUGUUGAGUUUGGAGCCGGGAAGAAAUCACGGUACGAUGUCGUAUGAAAGGUUAUCUUAGUUUCAGCUGCUAUUCAUGGGUGUGCAUUAUCUGUCUGAAGAUUAUGAACAGACACCCUUGUAAGGUUUGUGUGCUGCGAUCGUUACUGUUUGCAUUAAUAUAAUCUUUCUCUCCAUUUCAA